AUGGCACCAGACUCGGAGCUGACGGCUGACUGCUGUGCCGCAAUCCGCGGCGAAAAAGUCCCUCGAGACCUCAGGAACAUCAUCGCCCGGUCUUCGCUCAUCCGUGGCGUACGCCUCCACCUCGAUUUUGCCACCAGUCAGGAUGUCAGCAAUCUCUGCCUUCAGGAUCCGCAGAUUGCACGGGCUCGGAAUUCCCGACUGAUCAUGAGCGAUGUCAUUCCGAGCACUAUGGGUCCUCAACAGGAGCCGUACUGCGUCUGGUUUCCCCAGAUAGCCUCCGAAGACACGUACCGCCAGUUGGUGCAGCGUUAUCCGCAGAUGCGCUACCAGGUUGGUCGUGCCUGUGCAGCCGGUGGCUACGACACUCUCUAUCAGGAACUGGACUUGCUGCCGGACGUUUCCAUUGCUGAGGAGGCUAGAGAGAGCGACACGGAUGGCGGCCGUCUCAUUUACGACUCUAUCAUGAGUCGCUCCUGUCGCUACUCGGUCAUGAACGAUGACACGUUGACCAUCAAAUUGGAUGAUCCAUUGUCUCCCGCCUUCUUGAACGGUGAUACGGAAACUCGUCUACAGCUUUACCAUCGCCCAAACAAUCCUCGGCAAUUUUCCAAAACUCAUCCUGGUAUCGAAGAGGACAUGCACAUCAAUGACGAAUACACUCCUCCCGAGAUGUACUCUGAGUUGGAAGAGUUCGAAGUAGGACUACUUCACCAGCCUUUACCUCUUGAUCUGCCAACUGUCAAGAAAAAGCUUCUCAUUUGCAUGGCGGCUUUUGAAGGAAAUAUCGAUCGUUACGUCAGGCUGUCACGGGCAACGCGUGGUAUCGACCGUGAGGAGACUCUCUGCAUUGUCCGCGGAAUCUACCAUCAUACGAUGUUCGCCCGCUGGUGGGCUGGAGAAAUCACCCAGAACACGACGAGAGUCCAGGCCAUCAGGAACACCGAGACAGGCCAUAAACCUCUUUCCAUGAUUCAAGAAGCCAUCUCAGCCCGACGGAUCAUGAUCAAUGAUCCAAAGGAGUUUGUUGAGAAUGGCUGGCCGGCUGGCGCGCCUAAGCCGUACCUUAUCUGGUGGCCACUCCGUCCAACUCGGGAUAUGCUGGAUUUAUUGGCAGAGAAAGUACCAGAGAUGACCGAGCAAGUCGUUGUGGCCGCGAUCUACUGCGACUAUCACGACGUCUAUCGACGAAUGCAGCCAGAGCCCAACUGGCGCCUCUGCGCCGCCGCUCGCGACUCUCAUAACCCUUUCUACCUACAGGACCUUACGAAGCGGGCGACCGAACAACAAAUCAACCUUGACGCUGCGAGUGAACAAGAUCCCGAUGGCAAGUGUCUAGGUCUGGACUUGGAACCAACAGAAAUUUUCAAUUACUACGAACGACAGGAGGUCCACAACUUCAUCACAAGCAGAGAAGGGCCGUACGGUGGCUUCGGUCCUGAUUGUCGCAUGGCAGAAGUUGGUGUUUGGGAUAGCAUGGGACUUCCUGAAUAA